AUGAUGUUGAACAUCAUUGAUCUGUGUCUUUCUCCACCACCUCCCUCACCCCCUCACUGCGAAGCCGCCCUGAAACACGAAGGAAAAGAGAACCCCAUUGACAUCCAUGACGACACAACGAAGCCCUUGAGCCCCUCCCCUCGCAACAGGGAUAACGACAACAGGUACUUGGGCUUCUACUUUGACCGCAGGCUCACGUUUCAUGAGCAUGUCUGCUACUAUGCCACUAAGGCGUUCACCACCGUGCAGGCCAUGCGCAUGCUCGGUAACUCCACUAGAGGUCUCUCGCCUAAACAGCGCAAACUCUUAUAUCGGUCGUGUGUGGUUCCCAUUGCCACAUACGGCUAUCGUCUCUGGUAUUUCGACGGUGCCUGUAAUAAGGGCGUGAUGAACCAGCUAAAAUGGAUGCAGCAAAAAGCUGCUCUAUGGAUCACGGGUGCUUUCCGCACCUCCCCCACAGGUGGUCUCAAGGCCCUCGCUGGCCUCAUCCCCAUCCAUCGUAUGCUGAAGAAGCUGGCAACGCAUGCAGUGUACCGUGUCGCCACCCUCUUCGCUCCAUGA